ACAACAAUCAAACAUCGCGAGAUAGAUACUGUGUAGUCCAUUACGUAUGACGUGAGUCUGUGCGUGCCUCAGCUCAAGUGAAGAAAGAAACAUGUCGCUUACGAGCUUUCUACCGGCGCCGACUCAGUUGUCUCAGGACCAGCUGGAGGCCGAGGAGAGGGCCCGGGCACAGAGAUCCCACACCACCGCCCUGGUCUCCUCCCGCAGAGAACCCCCUCCCUACGGCUAUAGAAAAAGUUGGGUGCCCCGCUCUCUGGAGGACUUUGGAGAUGGCGGUGCAUUCCCUGAGAUCCAUGUUGCCCAGUUCCCUCUGGAGAUGGGCAGGAAGAAGAAGACUUCCAAUGCCUUGGCUGUACAGGUGGACGCUGAGGGCAAGAUCAAAUACGAUGCCAUCGCCAGACAGGGGCAGGGCAAGGAAAAGGUGAUCUUCAGUAAGUACACAGACCUGCUUCCUAAGGAAGUGCUGAACGACGAUGCCCCCGAGCUACAGAAGCCCGACGAGGAGGCUGUCAAAGAGCUGACGGAGAAGACCCGUGACGCUCUGAUGAAGCAGGUCUCUCAGAAGAUCGCUGCAGCCAUGCCUGUGAGGGCAGCAGACAAGCAGGCCCCUGCACAGUACAUCAGGUACACCCCGUCCCAGCAGGGCGUGGCCUUUAACUCGGGGGCCAAACAAAGGGUCAUUCGUAUGGUGGAGAUGCAGAAGGACCCCAUGGAGCCCCCACGCUUUAAGAUUAACAAGAAGAUUCCUCGUGGUCCUCCAUCUCCCCCUGCACCCGUCAUGCAUUCGCCGAGCCGAAAGAUGACCGUCAAGGAGCAACAGGAGUGGAAGAUUCCUCCCUGCAUCUCCAACUGGAAGAACGCUAAGGGCUAUACCAUCCCUCUGGACAAGCGCCUGGCAGCAGACGGUAGAGGGUUACAGACCGUUCACAUCAAUGAAAACUUUGCCAAACUGGCCGAGGCGCUCUACAUCGCUGACCGAAAGGCCAGAGAGGCUGUGGAGAUGAGAGCCCAGGUAGAGAAAAAGAUGGCACAGAAAGAGAAAGAAAAGAAAGAGGAGAAACUCAGAGAACUGGCUCAGAUGGCCCGUGACCGCAGGGCAGGGAUCAAAGGUCACGGAGGGGAAAAAGGUGGAGAGGACGGCGAGGCCAGAGAGCGUGACGAGAUCCGCCACGACAGGAGGAAAGAAAGACAGCAUGACAGGAACAUCUCCAGAGCGGCCCCCGAUAAGAGGUCCAAGCUGCAGAGAGACCAGGACAGGGAUGUCAGUGAACUCAUCGCUCUGGGGCAGCCCAACCCCAGAGCCUCCAACGAGGCACAGUACGACCAGAGACUGUUCAACCAAAGCAAGGGUAUGGACAGUGGCUUCGCCGGGGGGGAGGACGAGAUGUACAACGUGUACGAUCAGCCGUUCAGAGGGGGACGGGACAUGGCCCAGAACAUCUACAGGCCCAGCAAGAGCACCGACAAGGACAUGUAUGGAGAUGACCUGGACACACUCAUGCAGAGCAACAGGUUCGUUCCCGACCGUGAGUUCUCUGGUACAGAUCACGGUCCUCGCCGCGACGGCCCGGUUCAGUUUGAGGAGGACCCCUUCGGUUUGGACAAGUUCUUGGAAGAAGCUAAGCAGCACGGGGGCUCAAAGAGACCGUCCACCAGCAGAGGGUCUAAGGACUACGACCACGAUAAAAAACGCAGGAAGGAGUGAGGAACCAGUGCGACUCUCUGUUAGUGGGUGGGAGGGCAUGUUCAUUAGGCAAUCAAUUUUGGAAACUGUUCAUUUAAAAAAAAACGUUAAUGUUCAGAGGUCGCUGAACAUGUUUUUCAUUCGAACAUAUGUCACCUUACUGUGUCCAGUGAAGCUGUUUUAUCUUGACUGCCUACUGAAUGUGAUCCAGGGUUUUUUAGGAGUGAGGGGACAUUGUGGGAGGGAUAAUUGGGGGGUGGAUUUGGUUGGCACCUAGCCCGACUGGAGCUACAGACAUGCUGUAUGUAUUGUAUGCAACUCCUCAGAACUAGCAGGGACUGUUCAUUGUUAAUUGCCUUUUUUCUUCGCACCUCUUUUCUUUACAUACAACAUUGUCCUUUCUGUAAAAUGUUUUAAUUGAAGCCCCUCAUGUUUGUAAGCAAUGUUAUUAAUCGUUUGAUGGUUGUGGUCAUUGAUCUUGCAGCAUUCCUAUAAAUUAGAUUGAUUGAAUUCCCUUGCUGGUCUUAUGUGAUCUCCUCUAUGGGAUCUUUACUGUAACUAUUCGUCUCUGUUACUGGUGGGAUACAGUGUAACCCUGCUCCAUAACUUGUACAGUACUACCGCUGAAUAAAUUUCAUAUAGUGGACUAAA